AUGCUGACUCCCGGUAGAUGGCAGCUCCGCCGGGCGCGCAGGCAGCGCGCAGGCAGCGCGGGCGGAUGGAGUAGGGCGGGCCGGGGCGCAGCGCCGCGUCCCACGCGUGUCCCCGCUCCCACGGCGGGCCGGGAGGCUGCCCCACCGCCCCAGGUUGAUGUCACCAUGCAGCACUAUGGAGUGAACGGCUACUCGCUGCACGCCAUGAACUCGCUGAGCGCCAUGUACAACCUGCACCAGCAGGCAGCCCAGCAGGCCCAGCACGCCCCCGACUACCGGCCCUCCGUGCACGCCCUCACCCUGGCUGAGAGACUGGCUGACAUCAUUUUGGAGGCACGUUAUGGAUCCCAGCACCGCAAACAGAGGCGGAGUCGCACCGCCUUCACCGCCCAGCAGCUGGAGGCCCUGGAGAAGACCUUCCAGAAGACUCACUACCCAGAUGUGGUGAUGAGAGAGCGGCUGGCCAUGUGCACAAACCUGCCUGAAGCCAGAGUCCAGGUCUGGUUCAAGAACCGGAGAGCCAAAUUCCGGAAGAAGCAGCGCAGCCUGCAGAAAGAGCAGCUGCAGAAGCAGAAGGACUGUGAGGGGAGCCACAGCGAGGGAAAGAUGGAGCCCCCUGUGCUGGAGACCCAGGCUCCCACCCCGGACACUGAGAAGGUCCAGAGCCUCCCCAGCGAGGUGGGCACUGACCUCAACCUGACCCUGUCGGAGCAGUCUGCCAGCGAGUCGGCACCUGAGGACCAGACCGACAGGGAGGAGGAGUUCAAGAGCACCUUGGAUGAGCCCAAAGUGGACAAGAGCCCUGGUGUGGACAGCAAGGCUUUGAACUGCAAGAGAGCAAGCCCAAAAGCAGAGUCCCCUAUCGGCGCGACUGUGACGCCUUCGUCCAGCAGUGGCCUGGCUCAGACUCACUCCUACUCCUCCUCGCCCCUGAGCCUCUUCCGCCUGCAGGAGCAGUUCCGCCAGCACAUGGCAGCCACCAACAACCUGGUCCAUUACUCCUCCUUUGAAAUGGGGACACCGUCUGCCAUGCCCUACUUGGGCAUGAACGUCAACAUGGCCCCGCUGAGCUCCCUGCACUGUCAGUCCUAUUACCAGUCGCUGUCCCACGCUCAGCAGGUCUGGUCCUCCCCCAUCCUGCAGGCCUCCAGCUCCCUGCCGAGCCUGAACAGUAAAACCACGAGCAUUGAGAACCUGAGGCUCCGGGCGAAGCAGCACGCGGCGUCCCUGGGGCUGGACACCCUCCCCAACUGACUGCCCGUCAGAAGGUGCUCCAGAGCUUGGCACCACACCUGGCACUCCUCGGAUCCCCACGCUCCCCCACCUCUUCCUGGAGUGAGGUGCUCCCUUGGAGGGAAAACUUGGCAUUUGUUAACGUGCUGUUAGCACCACGGUUGCGUCAGACAUUGCUACUGGCCUGGUCUUCACUAAAUAUUUAAUGAGGAAGGGGGAGAG